UAGCAGCAGCAGCAGCAGCAGUGACUCCUCUCGCAGUUCAAUUGUUUUUUUUUUAUUUUACAACAAUAAUAGUUUUUUUUUUUUAAUACAUAUUAUUUAAAAUUAUUUUGUCAUCGAAAAAUGAACACAUCAGUUUGUUCACAACUGUGGUGUCGACGGCACCCGCCCACAACGUUCUCGUGUACAUAGUAUUAUCUCACAUCGGUUAAAUGUGAGUCGGAUUCUGGCUUCUGUACACUGUUAUCUGCAACUAUUUAUUUCAUUAGUCCCUCUGGGGGUUGUCAAUUAUUAUUCAGCCCUGUCAGCGACUUCCAAGUCGCUUGUGAUUCGUUAUGUGUAUAUUAUAAUUUUUUUUUAAAAAUGUUUAAUCGUGCAAUGAUGUUUGGUGUUACACAACAUAUGGACAUCUCUACUAUAGUUAUGUGAUGAAGAUUCUGUGAACACUUACACAUUGAAUACAUAAUAUCACAACAUACACUCAUAGGACAGUCAAAGGUUUCGGCUAGGAUGAUGGCGCCCAAAAUACAAGAAGAUGAAAAUAUCGUCAAUAACAAUAACAAAGUUGACUCGCCCGCGUUCAAACUCAACAUAGAAGACACUGCCGUACACGGCGGGAACACGGACUCGAAUUCUACGAAUAACAGCCAGUUUUCGAGCAUGUCAGACGAAGAGAGUUACGAAUGUUACGGUGAAGGCGACAUGGAUAAUUCUUUGCCUGUCAACAACGUGAUCACAAAUGGCGUCGAAAAUCCAAUCACCAACGCGUUGGGACUAAAGAGGAAUACGUGGCUCAGAACAAGUUUGAGGAGGACAGCAAACGGGAAUAGCGCUGAAAUACUGCCAAACCGUAAAUGGGGUUCGAUGAGACAUUCAUCGAGCAAAAGGAUCAGUUCAAACGCACUCGCCAGUGAUCUAUAUCGGAGCUCAAGUUUCAAUUCGUCCGGUCGCAGUUCCAUUUGCGAUACGCCCGACGAUGUGUAUUCCGAUACAUCCAUCGAAGAAGACGUUCACGACCUCAACAAUAAGGUACAAGUGUUGCAGAAACAGAUGAAUUCCCUGACCGACAAUCAACACCUAACGGACGAACGGUACGCGCGUACCAAGGAGGAGAACGCCGCUCUCCAAGCCCGCGUCCACAUGCUUGAAGAGCAGCUCCGCGACACCGAACUCAGGUGCGAGGAGCGGCUUGCGUCCGAAGAACGCAGACACAGGGAGCUCGUCACCCGGGUUGAUAGGGAAAAACAAUUGCAUAUCGAUAAUUGUGCCAUAAGACUUCAAAGUAUCGAGUCGGCUAACGAGAAUUUACGAUUGGAGGCUGAAAAGUGCAAGUCCGCGUUAGAGACGAUGCGAACCGAAAAGAUUUCGUUGGAACAACGUGUAAGCGAUCUCAACGUGGGUGCUCAAUCGUUCAAAGAUGAAAUACGUCUUCUGGAGGCCGAACUCAGGAAGUUGAAACAGAGAGAAAGGGCUAACGAAGAGAUCAUCGAAGGUCUGACCAAAGAGUUGGAAAUAUCUCGACUUGAAAAGGAAGCCAUGAUCGCCGAACUAAAUUCGCCUUCGCCGUAUGUUACUGAACUUACAGCCCAGCUGGAUUCGCUAAAACAUCAGAAUCGAUCAUUGAAGGACUCCUAUGACGAGUUACAAGCUUCCUCCAUAGCCAAAGGCAUCGAGAGAGGCAGGCUGCUAUUGACAGAGUCGCCCAGCCUCGCGUCCGAACUCGACGGACUGACUCACGAUGACCACAGUCCCUCGUCUUUGCAAAUAAACAAGAUGAAAACCGCCUUGAAAGAUCAACAGGAGGUGAACGAUCAGUUACGGGCUUACAUUGAUAAUAUUCUGCUGAACAUUGUCGAAAACCAUCCCGAACUGUUGGAAGUCAAACAAAAUUUAUGAAAUAUCGUUAUAAUUUGAUUAUAAUAACAGAUAUUCACGCAUACACAUACACACAAUGUUCCUAAUACUAUUGAUUGGUGAAGUUGGAGACCAGUGUCUUUCAAUAGACAUUAUCUCAAUUAUUGUUGUUGUCAUCGUACUUACAUAAUAUUAUUAUGUGGCCACCUCAUUAAUGUCUACCAAUUUUUUUUCCACUACAUAUUUCCAACAAAUGUUAUCAAUUAUAUGUGUGUUAUAUUAUAUAUAAUUUGUUGUGUAUAUAAACAGUUACUUUUUUUUAAAAAAAAGCAUAAUAAAAAUGAUAAAAAUGUAACUAUUAUCAUAUAUGUUUAAGAAAUAUUGGAUAACAUUUUUUUAAAAUUAUAUUUAAUUGUAUCCGUCCAGUUAUUACAAUUUAUUAUUUAUAUUUACAUACAAUUAUGUUGUUUAAUUUUUCGCAUCCAUUUGUAUUGUAAUCAUUUGAAAUUUUUGAAAGAUAAAGUAUAUAAUAUUAGAUAGUCCGCCGAUAUGUUAUAAUAUAAUUAUUGUUACUUUAUAUAAUAUAUUGGAGUGCUAAUUAAUUUUUAUAACUGUUAUCUGUUCCAAAGAGACUGUGAUGUGGUAACAAUAUUAGCCAGUUAUUUUUUAUAAUACUUGAGUCUUGUGCCAGUUCACAACAUAAAAUAUAACAGUAUUUUUUUAGUAAAGAAAA